UUUACUCGUACAUUCCAUCCGAUCCAGUCCAGUCCAACCAUGCCAGGGCCGGCAGGCCCUCCGGGGCCGCCUUGCGCCAUGCUUAUUCUAUUGCGCCACUGUGGUAAGGUACUACCACCCUUCGCUUUCCACAAUCCCUCGCAUUCUCGCAACCAGUCGCCCGCCCGCCGCGACGCCGCGUUGCUCUGUUGGGCGCCUCCCUGCCUACUCUAUCUCCCUCGCAUUCCCUCGCUCGGCUGUGCAAACUCCAACCACGCAUAGGGAGGGGGAGAGAGAGAGAGAGUAGAAAGGAGAGAGCACUGAGGUCGAAGCAGCAGCAGGCAGGGGCAAUAAAUGGCAGUUUAGGUGCGCGCAGGCACCAUGGCGGCGUAGCAGGCCCUCUCUGUCGCCUCCACCGUCUUAACUCCCCUCCUCCCUCGAACCCCACCUCACUCAGCUCGCUGCGGCCACGCCACGCGGAUUUACUCCCCCUCGAUCUCCUCGAUCCUCUCCUACUUCCUCUACACACUUUGGGGCGCCGGCCGCAUCGAUCGAGAUAUAGCUAGCGGCGUGCGUGUAGUAGCCGCCACGGCCGGCGCGUCGGUAGCACCGCACUAGGGAUCAAUCAACGAGAAGGAUCGGUCGAUCGGCAUAUGGAUUUGUCCCCAUGGCGGGGUUCCCUCUAGGCGGCGGCGGGGGCGGCGGCGGAAGCAGCCCCGCGGCGCCGUCGUCAUCGUCCGCGCACCACCACCACCACCACCACCAGCCCUCCUCCGCCGACGUGUCCGCCUUCCUCUACACCACCGCCAGCCGUGGUGGCGGCUUCCAGCUCUGGGGCCAGACCCAGCCGCAGCACGAACAGCAGCAGCAGCUCACGCACCCGUUCUACGCGUCCAACCUCAUCCGCUUCGCCCCCGACCCCGAUGACCUCCCCUCCGCUGCCGCGCACUCGCUCGCGGGCGGCGCGUCCUCGUCCACGUCGUCCCGGGGCGGCGGCGCCGGGGGCGGCCUGAGCUGCCAGGACUGCGGCAACCAGGCCAAGAAGGACUGCUCGCACCAGCGGUGCCGCACCUGCUGCAAGUCCCGGGGCUUCGCCUGCGCCACCCACGUCAAGUCCACCUGGGUUCCCGCCUCCAAGCGCCGCGAGCGCCAGCAGCAGCUCCUCGCUCUCGCCGCCUCCGCCGCCAUGGCCGGCCCUUCCUCCGGAGAUCGAGACCCCUCUAAGCGCCCUCGCGCGCGCAUCUCCAGAACCACCCCCACCACUUCCUCAGGGGAUCAGCAGAUGGUGACUGUGGCGGAGCGGUUCCCCCGCGAGGUGAGCUCGGAGGCGGUGUUCCGCUGCGUGCGCCUCGGCCCGGUCGACGUGGCGGAGGCGGAGCUCGCGUACCAGACCACCGUCAGCAUCGGCGGCCACGUGUUCAAGGGCAUUCUGCACGACGUCGGCGCCAACAACAACGCUGCCGGCGCUUCUGCGGCCGCCGUGUGUGGCGGCGGCAGCGGCGACUACCAGUUCAGGCUCACGGGCGACGUGUCGCCGCCAAGCAGCGCGGCCGCGGCGGGAGGCGAAGCAGCCGGAGGCGGCGGCGGCGGCAACGUCGUUGCGUCAUCGGCUGUGGUCAUGGACCCAUACCCGACGCCCGGCCUCUACGGCUCGUUCCCGGCCGGCGCGCCCUUCUUCCACGGCCACCCGAGACAGUGAGAACGUGUCAUGUAACGCCGUGCCUCUCCCAUCAUCCAUGCUGCAUCUCCUUUUCCUUCGAUCUCUUGUCAAAUUCUCCGUAGCCGGCCGAUGCAUAAACUGAUGCUCCUUCGACCUUCGCUAGAGCUAGCCUACCUAGCUAGUUUAAUUAAUUAGGCGCCAUAAUUUAGACCUUCCUCUAGCUUCUUGGGAGCAUCUGAGACGAUCAGUUUGUCAGUAACAUACCCCUGUCAGAUCGAAGCAAAUCAUUCGAAAUCCGACAGUUAGGAUCUCGGGAAUUAAGCAUGAUUUCUUGCAUUGUUCUAGCUUGUUUUUUUUUUGUCCCUUCUGGUUCUUGAAUUGACUGUUAAUUAUUGAAUCUUUAUUUUUCUUGGGAGUAAUAUAAGGUGUCCUUGUUUUUUGCCA